UUUUCCGGCGUCUGCCAGUGGCACGACCCAGGCCUGCGCGAGGUGUGCGUCGGCCAGCUAAGGGAUUCUGGGUAACGGCCCCUGCCGGCUGCAGCGCCUGGAUUCGUGCAGCGGCUUCUGUUCACUUUAAGUCGUUUGGCAGUGGCGUUUGUAGGGUGAGGGCCAGCGGGACAUGGAGCAACCGUGGCCGCCGCCGGGACCUUGGAGCCUCCCUCGAGCAGGGGGUGAGGCUGAGGAAGAGAGUGACUUGGAUGUGUCCCCCGGUUCUCCCCGCUGCCCACCGCUACCGGGCGGUGACGCGCAGAUGUAUAGCCAUGAAAUUGAGCUGGCUUGCCAAAAGCAGACAGAGUUUGUGAAGAGCUCUGUGGCAUGCAAAUGGAAUCUUGCUGAAGCUCAGCAGAAACUUGGUAGUUUAGCACUGCAUAACUCUGAAUCCUUGGAUCAGGAAUAUGCCAAAGCACAAACAGCAGUAUCAGAAUUGAGGCAGCGGGAAGAAGAAUGGCGACAGAAAGAAGAAGCUCUAGUACAAAGAGAGAGGAUGUGUCUGUGGAACAUGGAUGCCAUUAGCAAGGAUGUUUUUAAUAAGAGUUUUAUUAAUCAAGAUAAAAGGAAAGAAACAGAAGAUGAGGAUAAAUCAAAAUCAUUCAUACAGAAAUAUGAGCAAAAAAUCAGACAUUUUGGUAUGUUGAGUCGAUGGGAUGACAGUCAGAGAUUUUUGUCUGACCAUCCAUUCCUUGUAUGUGAAGAAACUGCUAAAUAUCUUAUUUUAUGGUGUUUUCACCUAGAAGCCGAACAGAAAGGGGCUCUAAUGGAACAAAUAGCACAUCAAGCUGUUGUAAUGCAGUUUAUUAUGGAAAUGGCCAAAAACUGUAAUGUGGAUCCAAGAGGAUGUUUUCGUUUAUUUUUCCAGAAAGCCAAAGCAGAGGAAGAAGGUUAUUUUGAAGCAUUCAAAAAUGAACUUGAAGCUUUUAAGUCAAGAGUAAAACUUUAUUCUCAGUCACAAAGUUUUCAACCUAUGACAGUUCAGAAUCAUGUUCCCCACUCUGGUGUUGGAUCUAUAGGUUUAUUAGAAUCCUUACCACAGAAUCCAGAUUAUCUUCAGUAUUCUAUCAAUACAGCUACAGCUGUCUGCAGUUUAAAUUCACUGGUACAUAAAGAAGAUGAUGAACCAAAAAUGAUGGACACUGUAUAAUUUGGUUAAGACUGCUGAGGCCAAGUGCUAUUUUGUUACCAGAAAGGAAGAACUUGGCUAUUUUCUUGACACUUUUAUGGGUGCUGCACUUUAUUUUUGUUUGGUUUUUGAUGGGAGGGGAAAAGAGUACUGAAACGUUUUGUAACUUUUUUUAUGUGCUGCUAGGUUUUUUGUUUUGUUUUGUUUUUUGAAGGGAGGAGUGGUACCACAUGUUGGAGGAAGUCAAACUGGACUCCCCCCACCCCCCACUGGCUACUAGUUUUGCCUUUAAUCUAAUUGUUCUCAAUUUUGGAAUCAAAGUUAUGAAAAUCUGCACAAUGCAAUGUUUACAAGAACUGGUUGAUUCUAGGAGGCAUCUGCUACACAGUCUUCUUUUAUAUGGAUAUGCCCAUGUCCUACUCUACAAAAAUAAUUAAAGAUAAAAAUAUACUUUUAUCCCACUGAUAAUUUAGCUGUCAAAUCUGGUGUUUCAUUAAAAGCAAUAAAUCAGUAGUUGGUAAUCUAUUUUACUAAAUAAGCUGGGUGGCACAAAUUUUUUUUUUUGGUAAGGGGGAUCAAACUCGGGUCCUUGCGCUUGCGGGGCAGGCGGCAGAACCACUGAGCUAAAUCCCCGGCAAACUUGUAAAAGUCUUUCCUCUUACAAUAUUACAUUUAUAUUUUCGGCACCAUCAGCUAAAUCUUGACUAUAAUAUAAAUUUGAUUUAAAGACAUUACAUUUACCCCCAAAGUAUUCGCUAAAGUGUUCUUUAGAAGUUGAUUUUUACUCUGUUGACUUUUUAAAUAUUAAGGAUUGUAGUGACAUAAAAAAUGAUGAGCUUAUAUAUUGUUUUUUUUUAAGUAAGAUAAACUAAAAAUGCUCACUCUUAAUUUCUUGGCAUAGUCUGGGAUCUCUCAGGGAGUAAGUUUUAAGAGUACUAAUGGCCUAUAAGAACAAACAGGAAGAAUGAUACAGUUUUUUAAAAUAAUGGUUAUUUCACUCUGAUGUAGCUUUGUUUUUAAGGCUUUUGUAAAAGGCAUGAAAAAUCUUGUAGAGCUGACUGCCUUGAGCUGCCAGCUACUUAUUUCUAAGAACUUGGUAACCCUUCACAUGGUGAUAAUGGCUUUUACUACAUUUGUUGUCCUUUUUUUAGCUGUUACCAUAGAAUGCUUCUGAGCAUUACUACUUCCUAUAUAAUUUAUGUUAAAAAUAUCAGGAUUUUUGAUGAUUCAUUUUAUUUAGAAGUAGAUGACAGUGCUAACUAUGCUAUCCUUCUAAUCUGAGGAUGAAUCUGACAGGAACAUGAGCUUUGAUUGUAUUUGAAUGUAGUCUUUGACUCAGUACCCUUCGAGACUAGUAGCAAACAUUUGGAAGAGGGCUAACUGGGAUUGGGAAUACAUAUCUCAAUUUAAGAAAUCAAACUAAGGGACCCAUAUGGCAAUGAGAACUGUGACCUUGGCCUCUUUUGCACCUUGUUUUAACAGGUGAUUAGGCAUUUAGUACAUAUAGAAAUGGACUGGAAUUAUUGAGUCAUCCUUCUAUAACAUCACAAUCUUCCUGGUUUUCAGAAUAAAGUCUUUUGUGCUUUUGAUAUAAAUAUAUUGUCUAUAAUAAAAUGUUUGGCUAAUUUAUAUAGUAGUAGUCAUCAGACUGGAAUUUUUUUUUUUUUUAAUUUUUAAUCAGAUGUUCUGGUCAUAGAAAGACACGCCCUCCCCCCUUCCUGUCUGGAGCAUGCUCUUGUUUUCCCUUCAUAACUGAUGGAGAGAAUGGACACACACACAAAACCCUACUGUCAUAGAAAUUUAUUCAAACUGUUUUCAAUUUCACUCUUCCCCAUGGCUUGCCUGUAAUCAUCCAAAUUGUUUUUAACUUUCAUUUUGCCUUACGUUAGAGCUACUAAUGGCUGAAGACUGAUGAGAGAGAAAGUAUGGACAAACUGAAUAAACUAUUCCCGAAGGGGUUUGUAUUGUUUUUUAAAAGAGAUUACUGAAGAACAGUUCUUAGAAAUUUAACUAUAUAUAUUUUUUUACUUUGAAGAGGAAAUGUUCUGUGUUUUGAGUGUAUUAAAGUAUGAUUGUAUCUGUUUUGGGAACCACUGGCUGAUGCCAUAAUUUGCACUUAAAAGACUUUACAUAACUAACAGUACUUUCGUACUAAAAACAGCCAAUACCCUUUUUUUCUUCAUUCUGAAAAUGUCCUCUUUAGUAUGGAGAACUCCUUCCAAAAUAAAUGUCCUGUUUUCUGUUACUUAAUAAUAAAGAAGAGUAUACUCAGCAAAGAGAUAACUCAUUAUUUCAGGAUGGACAAUCUUCCCUAAACAAGUUAAACUAUGGUAUGUCCAAACUGAUUAAUGAAACAUCUUUGACAUCAAAGUAUUCAACCAAGAUUCUUGUUUCCCUUGAUAAAAUCUUCUAAUAAAAUACUUUUAAAAAAAUCAAA